CCGUCUGACUUGGAGCAUAAAAGUGGGUCCUGGUUUUAAAGGUCGGUAAUAGGAGUGUAAGCCUGCAGGUCAUGACUUUAAAUCUGUUCAACAUCCUCACACCGGAGAGCUUGUAUCUGGGUUGCAAGCUUUACAACUUACAUAUGUAAUAUUUGGAAUUUUUUUUUGUAAUGCUACAGGGAAAUCUCACCUGUGGACGGAAAGAAAGACAAAAAGACAUCAAUGGACGGUUAAGGGAACUGCUUAGUAUUUCUAACUGGAUGUGAAAGUAAAGGAUCAAACAGAGCAAUACCUUGAUGCCGCCUAAACCCCCCAGGAGGAAGUACGAAGUCACCGGCUGCGAUGACAUCGCACAGUCGGCCUCCAAAGACCCGGAUGAACCGGAGGCUGCAGUCACGGUGGGAAGCCAGUCAGAGGAUAAAGUCAAGCCUGUGCCUCAUCCCAGGUCUGGAUUUAAACAAAAGUCCAAUUGCAACAACAACAACAACAACAACAACAACAACAGUGUUGACUGUGCAGUCACACGCAGCAAUGCAAGCAGUGUGGUGACCUCCCAACUCAGUAAACAUGAGGCGCCUCGGCCUGUUGGCUCUCCUCCCUGUCCACCGAUAAUCCAACCUAGGAUACCUGCGAUGGACGGCACCAAUCUCUCCUUGACUUCAAUUCCUCAGCCAGCUAACCCUGAGGUCAAUACUAAGAGAACAAAAUCUCCUCCUGCACGUCCCCCUCCUCCCUCUUUCCCUGAAAGUACAAGAUCUACCAUGAGGGUCGGACCUGAGGUCACGUACCGCACAGAAACAAAACCUGCAGUUCCGCCUCGACCCUCCUUUGUGCCUGGAACCUCGCACCCACAGUGCAGACUACCACGACCGGCACUCUCCCCGCCUCCCCUUCCACCGCCCGAGAGGACAUCGGAUCCACUGUACUACGAGAUAGACCUUCCUCCCUACCUGGACGUUCUGUCAGAAGACGUAGAUACAAUGCAGCCACCUGAAAGGCCAACAGGAUGCUACCCGAUUGGGCAAUACUAUCCUCAUCAACAGACCACUGACAAUGCAGAGGACAUCAACGGGUUGUUGACAUGGUUGAAAAGAGUAUCGAAAUCUGACUCCUUGGCUUCUUCCGUGUAUGGCCUCAGCACAGAGGAGGAAAUCAGGUUGUUCAGUAAGCGAGCGGCGGAUGUGAGACAGGCCGUGCGUCUCUACAACCUCCUCAUGAUCGAACGCAAGGAAAACCUGCACAGACACGUCAGGGAUUUCAUCUCCAUCUCCGACUCUCUGGACAAGUCGAAGAAGGAGAGCAAAACCAUGAAUGCUGCCGGGGGCACCACGGGCGCUGUCGGAGGGGUGACCGCCGUCUUGGGUAUCGCCUUCGCUCCAAUGACCAUGGGUGCCUCCCUGAUUGCCACAGCUAUCGGGGCUGGUAUGGUGGCGUCCGCUGGGGGCAUGGGCGUCUACACUACCAAGGCCAAGAAGAAGAUUGUGAAUAGGAUGACAGUUGAGAAACUAGUAGACGAUUAUAAGGCAAACGUCGUCGAUCUCGAGCACUGCUUGGGCUUUAUCCUCGAUGGGAUGAUUGAGCUUCAAAGGCACGACUUUGCCAGGCUACAACGGGCAGGAGCCCGGCAGGACUCCUUGAAUAUGGCACACCUGUCAAAGUCUGUGUUGAGGAAUAACAUAAACAUGGCUAGGGGGACCUCCGUUUCACAGACACAAGGGAUGUCGUCAGAGAGACUGCUCCUGGCUUUUGUAAAGGAAAUAGAUGCGUACUUUACGGGAAAGGAAGGCGAGAAGCUAAGGAUGUCGAGCAAAAGCCAGUUUUCGGGUAGAGUUCGCCUGCUGGCUGAAAAUCUGUACGGAGAACUACUUCACCUGAAUCGCAUGUGGAGAAGGUUUUGUUGAAUCAAAGAAACUUCUUGUUGUGUAUGUCUUAGUGCUUGUGAGAGAGGCUGGAGAAAAAAUGCUGUAUAUACCAAGUAUUACAGUUACCCUUGUAAUAACGUUUCACUACUUAAUAUAUUGACUAUUUAAAAAAAUAAAAAAUUCAAUAAAACCUCAGAGUAAA